CACGACCGCCUAUUCGACUCUUGAUGGCAUAGUCAAAGGCCUCCUUCGCUUACCGCAAUUCCUCUGGUGCUAUGCCUCUGACGAACACUCGCCCGAACAAGGCAUGGAAUAAUGUUUAAGGCGCAGUGCUUUCGGAUCAUUGGAAGAUGAAGGUUCUUUGGAGUUCGGGCGUAACUUCAAGCCAACCGAUUCCGAAGAAGACAGACAGGAACUUGAGCUGUCUUGCAGACGUGGCUGAACAAACCAGAGGCCAUGUGAUGGAUAUCAUUUUGCAGCCUUGUGAGAUUAUGAAGGAGUUGAGGGAGUAUAGGGGGCUGAUGUAUGCGAGUAAUAGGUUGGAGCGGCUUUUGGGAGGAUGCUGUGUGAGUUCCAUGGGCUUAAGGGGGUGCGCAGGUAGACCGGAAUAAUGGUCUGGCGGUCAUGGCGCGGACAGAUUCGUAUGCUCAAUGCGAUUGUGUGAUUUUGAAGUCCCCUCUGUC